CUUUUUUUGCGCACAGCACCUUUUUCUGUGUGUGUAUGUGUAUGUGUAUGUGUGUGGUGGUGCUAGAUGCUAAAGUAGCUCAAAGGUUGGCCUCGCCGUUGCUCCACAAAGACCGGGUUUAACGGGUUCAGACGGGCGGUCGAGCUAUCCAGAAGGGGAAGUGUCGCCUGCAACCGCGUUGUGUUAAGCACCAAAGUUUACCAUGGGCAAAAAGUCUCGCGGAGAGGAGUCUUCAUCCUCUGAUGAGGAAGAAUAUGUUGUGGAAAAGGUGCUGGACAGGAGAGUGGUGAAAGGAAGGGUUGAGUUCUUCCUCAAGUGGAAAGGAUACUCGGAUAAGCACAACACAUGGGAACCAGAGAAGAAUUUGGAUUGCCCUGAACUUAUUGCAGAAUUCAUGAAGACCUACAAGAAGAGCAGCAGCAGCAGCAGCGGUGGCGGCGGCGGCAGCGGUGGUGGUGGUGGAACCUCCACACCAAGCAGUGGGGCCAGCAAAUCAAACACAGGUUCCUCUGGACGUUCCAAAGAUUCCAGUAGCUCAAAGAAGAGGAGCUCUGAUGAUGAUGAAAGGUGGAAGUAAGCCCAAGAAGAAAAAGAGGAUGACAUUCUAGUUGCGCGUGGCUUUGAGAGAGGACUUGAGCCAGAGAAGAUCAUUGGAGCAACAGACUCAUGCGGAGACCUCAUGUUUCUUAUGAAGUGGAAAGACUCUGAUGAGGCUGAUCUUGUGCUUGCCAAGGAGGCCAAUCAUAAGUGCCCACAGAUUGUCAUAGCCUUCUACGAGGAGCGUCUCACCUGGCAUGAAGACAGUGACAAGAAGGAGAAGGAUGCUGUCAGUGCGUGAGUGUAUCACCUCAGGAGGAAACGGGACCUCCUUCACUGCAGGGACAACCUUGAGUCAGACAUUUUUCACACCCAAAACUCCCAACAUUCAACUUUUACCAUGUCCACAAUGACACAAAAGUUUGGACACUGUUGUGUUAUCUCCAUCCAAGCCCCAUUGGAGCACACGGGCCCAGACUACUAAAAAAGGAUCCAUCAGUCAGGAGGAGAAGCUGUAGUUGACAUGGGUGAUAUGCUACUGGGGAGAGUUUAUACUGUUUUGUCUCUUAUUCUUUACCUACUUUUAUUUUUAGACUUGUUAACUCAUUGUUUUAGUGCUUACAGGAAAUGAUUAUCUUAGUCUUGAGAAACCAGAGUUGGUACAAGCUGUGUUAAUCUUGAGUUUGUUCCAACAUGUGUUCACAACUCUUGAUUUGCUAUAAAUGGUGCACCUCUUUUCUCUAAGAACUCAGCUGACACCACAAGGAUGAAAACAUGUUAUUUCUUUUUAUAUAUUCAGGAAACUGCCACCGCAUCACUUUCCUGACUGAAAUAAUUGUUUCCUUUUAAAAGAAGAGAAAAUUUUAUCUUGUGCUUUUCAUCUGCCACUAUGGAACUACUCAGUUUGAUUUGUAAUGUAGUGAUUUCCCUUUUUUUUUAAAUGUUUUUUAAACUUCCACUGUGUCAGUCUUGGGUUGUUUGUUUUUUUUUUUUUUUUUUUAAUUUCUUGAUAUCAUCGGCUCACCAAAAGGACAAAAAAUGCGCAGAGAUUUUCUUUUCUUUUUUUUUUCUUUCUUUCUUUUUCUUUGUGCUUAAUUUCAACAGAUUGGACAAUCUUCAGUGAACCUACCUGAAACGGAGCCAGGGUUCAAUGCCAGUCAUUGGGGUCCGCCACCUUGUGGCCAAUAUACAAACCUCGAAUGUGUGACCAAUCUCAAUGACAGCCCUGUGGUUUUAAUGGUUAUUGUUAGUGAUGUUUUGAUUUCUAACAGUGUUAAGUGGUUGUUGAUAUUGCCAUAAUUUCAAACAUUAAAGCAAAUUUCUAAUUGAAUUAGUCAUA